GGUUACACAGCCACUAGCUUAUAUCAAAAGCCGACUCCUCAUCAAAAAAAAAUAAUCGGUAACGCUUCCUCGGCAGGCCUCUCUUUUGUAUCUUAGCCUCCAAGUGUAGCCCACGACGACCAUGCCCCCAGUCGUCGUCGCCGCUGCCCUUCUCAUCGCUGUCCGAGUCGCGUCUCCUUCCGUUGUCCUCUUAGCCACUCUCUCCCUCAUCUCAACUAAGCGCCUGUCUCCGCCAUCUCCCAGUCCAAUAACUCCCGUCGUCGUCACAUCUCGCAUUCCACGGAGAACUCUCAUCUUAGCCCUCCUCACUCUUAGUGCAUUCACUUUCCUUGCAGAUGGCCUCGCAUACGUUGCCUAUGCUGUCCUCAAUAAACUUUGGCCUAAAGCCACUGGUAUAGAGAUCGCAAGUCUUUUGGGUUUGCUAGCGUAUGCCGGUUUGGCAGCACUUGGCGCAUGGAAAGACGCAAACGACGUCGAGAUAUGGAAUCGCAGACGCGUCAAGGUCGCAAUAGCAUUCGCACUCGCACUCGACAUCCUUCAGGCCGUCCUGUCCUUGAAGGGAACAGACCCCCAUCAUAUUUGUACCUCACCGCUCCGGUCGUGCGUCCCGAAUCUUUUGCACGGUGUCCUACCCCUCGCGCGCGUACUUGCACUCGUCCCUCUCCUCGUUGCACUCUUCUUCCCUCGCGUCGUUUACCUUUCAGCUCAAUCAAAUGGUUACACAGAAGAAGCCAACGAGACCGCUCCCCUCAUGUCACAACAUGUCCCACACGACUCGUUGCUGUUGCAACCAGAAGACGCGGACCCUGACGGCCCCAGUAGCACCGCCAAAUACGGCACUUUUGUGUCCAGAAGCGGCCCCACCACCCGCUGCGCAUCACCAAUUCCAGGCGUUCGGGAGCCAAGCAAGACAACCCCCCGCGAAGUAGCCGUCGAUCCUUCAUGGCGCGAACUCUUCACCCGCAUAUCCCGCCUCACGCCCCAUCUCUGGCCCUCCCACUAUCCAAAGCUGCAAUUCAUCGCAUUCAUCUGUUUCCUCAUCCUCAUCCUUGGACGCAUCGUGAACGCAUUGCUCCCUCUCACACUCGGCGCCCUCAUCACCACCUUCGACACACCCGGCAAAACCCCCUUGCCCUUAUUCGGCGCUAGUCCAUGGCCAUACCUCAUCACCUACGUCGUCCUCCGUUUCCUCGCCUCCUCAGGCGGUCUCGCAGCCAUCCGCGACGCACUCUGGAUCCCCCUCAUGCAAUACUCUGACCGCAGCAUGUCAAUGCUCUCCUUCAACCACAUCCUUGCGCUCUCCCUCAGCUGGCACACAAAACGCAAGACCGGCGAGUUACUCCGCAUUCUCGACAGGGGAAGUGCGGUCAACCGCGUUGGAGAGCUUAUCGGGUUCACGGUGGUGCCUGCACUCGUGGACGUGGUCGUGGCGCUUGUGGUGUUUGUGGUGAGGUUUGAGCCGGCGUUGGGCGCGGUGGUUGGCGUUGUGAUGGUAUCUUAUAUUUGGGCGAGUGUGUUGUUGACGAGGUAUAGGACUAGGAUACGGAGGCAGAUGAAUGAGCGGGAUGUGGUUACGCGUGGGAUCCAUACGGAUUGUCUGCUUAAUUACGAGACCGUCAAGUAUUUCGGUGGGGAGGAGUAUGAGGCGCAGAGGUAUACGGAGGCGAUUGGGGAGUAUCAGACUUUGGAGAGGAGGGUUGUUCUUUCUCUUAACCUCUUGAACCUCGUGCAGACGCUCAUCAUCACCACCGGUCUCCUGAUCGGUUCGUUGAUCGUCGCAUCGCGCAUCACAAAGGGUCAGAGCGAUACCAGCGACUUUGUUGUAUUCAUCACGUAUUAUGCACAGCUCUACUUCCCCCUUUCGAACCUGGGCGGCGUAUACCGCGCGAUCAACCAAAGCCUCGUCGACACCGAGAAACUCCUCCACCUCCUCAACGAGCCGACUGAAGUGGUCGAUGCACCUGACGCCAAGGAACUAGUAGUCACAAACGGUGAAGUCGAAUUUGACAACGUCUCCUUCUCCUACGACGACCAAACCUCCGCGCUGCACAACAUCUCCUUCAAAGUCCCCCGUGGCGGGCGCGUCGCGCUCGUCGGCGAGUCCGGCGCAGGCAAAAGCACACUCCUCCGCCUCCUCUACCGCUUCUACGACCUCCAACCCGGCCAAGGCCGUAUCCUCAUCGACGGCCAAGACAUCCGCACAGUGACACUCUCCAGCCUGCGCCGCGCAAUCGGCGUCGUCCCUCAAGACCCCGUGCUCUUCAACGCAAGCAUCGGGUACAACAUCGCGUAUGGCCAGCCGUCUAGCACGCCUCCGCCUGAGAGCACGAUCGUGGCUAGCGCACAAGCUGCGCAGAUGCAUGAUCGGAUUAUGAGUUUCCCUGAGGGGUAUGAGACGAAGGUUGGGGAGAGGGGUGUUAGGCUGAGUGGGGGGGAGAAGCAGCGAGUGGCUAUUGCUAGGACUAUGGUGAAGAACCCACGGGUGUUGUUGUUGGAUGAGGCGACUAGUGCUUUGGAUAGUGCUACAGAGAGGGGCGUGAUGGAGGGUGCGCUUGGGAGGCUUGUUGAUGGGAGGAGCUGUUUGAGUAUUGCACAUCGGUUGAGUACGAUUCGGGGGGCUGAUUUGAUUAUGGUUCUCAAGGACGGACGGAUCGUUGAACAGGGCUCACAUAGGGAGCUUCUUGAACUCAACGCCCUCUUUGCAUCCAUGUGGGCAGACCAGAUCAGCGCAUCUGAGGAUCCUAAAGGCACAGCUGGAUACGAUGUCGACGACGACGCACCUGUCGUAGAUAUCCCCGAGUCCGACACGCGGAGCACAGCAGUUGCCAUCGACUCCCCUCAAGUAAUCGCAGCGCCUCUCCCCUCUAAACCCGACAUACCCACAAGUGCCUCAUCGCCCAUUUCGUUCCCCAUGUCUUACGACGCCCCACAAGCAUUCCCGACGACUGCAUCCAAUUCCGACUCGCGCUCGAUCCAGAGCCACCCAGAGCGCUCUGCGAUACCUGCGCAUAUGCAGGGUGCGAGUGGGCAUGUCCACAGUGCAAGCGCGCAUAUCCAAGGUGCGAGCGUGACGUUUGAUCCGAGGACGGCUACGCCUCCGCGUGCGGCCUCUCCUGAACCGAGACGGGCGCUUUCGACGCAUAAUAUCCAGAGGCUUGCGAGGAAGAUCAGCUUGAGCGGGAAAGCGCCAAAGUUGCCUGGUGUGUUGAGGCGGGAUACGAGCUUGCGGGACGCGGUGUCUAGUGGAAGUGGUGGGAGUGGGAGUGGUGCGGGUGGGAGUGCGUCUACGCCUCCUGCUAGUGGAAGUGCGAGGGAGAGUGUGGAUGAGCCGCAGGUUGAGGUUUUGUCGAAGAAGGAGGAGAAGAAGAAGAAGAGGAAGAGUUUCAUUUGAGGGUAUUCCUUUUUCUUUUCUGUCUUUUUUUUGUCGUUGGCGUUUCGUUGUCUUCGGCAUCGGUUUUCAGCAUCGUUUACAGCGUUUUCUAGCGCUGCGUUGUUUUCCAGCGUCGUUUCUUUUCAUUUUCUUUUAUUCCCUUGUCAUGUUCCAACCACUUACUUUUGACGACCCCUGCGACGACUCACAUCAUCAUCUCAUCUUUUGACAUGCAUUAUGACGACAAGACUUGUGACUUUUGGAUCUUUGUGCUCACUGUUUUUCGAUGCAUAUACAUAUACACGUACACGUUGUAUCACUCGGUCGAAUGUUUUGUCACAUAUAUGCAUGGUUCUUGCAUUGUUAA